AAUAAGUUAGAGAAAUUCAUAACACCAUUUUUUUUUUUAAACCAAGUUCAAAAUAACACUUUAUUUCAUGCGAAAACGAUGAAGCCCCGAGAAUAAAAAAAACUGAUGAACCGUAGACCUAUCUGUCCUCAUUUUCCCGCUCUCUCUCUCGGUUUUUCAUUGAAGCGCACUCCACUUGGCGACUUCUGAAAUCUCAUCCUCCUUUGACGCAGCUUCUGAGCACCGAAAGUGACGUGGUUGAUGAUUGCAGCAAGUUAUUAUUCUGGUAAUGGCAUCUCAAAAGCUGCCCGUCCAUGUACAAGGGGCCUAUAUAGGAAAAUAUAGUGGCCCUAUGGUUAUUUAUAAUUGAAGAGAGGGUUUUGUAUGUACCCUUUGGUAAAGCAAAUACAUACCAUUCCCAGAACACUAACCUUUUUCUCCCGCUUACUUGACCAUUGUCACUCAUCAAAGUCAGUGAAUUUAACCAAAGUGGUCCAUGGCCAGUUAAUAAAAGUUGGAUUUAAUUGUCACACAUUUUUAGGUAAUCGCUGCCUUGAACUUUAUACCCAGUGUCAAUUCGUUGAUGACAUCCUUAAAGCAUUUGGUGACAUACCAAGGAAGAAUACUAUAUCUUGGAAUAUUUGCUUGAAGGGGUUGUUGAAUUGUGGCCACAGUGAGAUGGCUCAGUCCUUGUUCGAGAGGAUACCUGAACAAGAUGUUGUUAGUUGGAAUACUAUGAUUUCAUGGUAUGUCUCAUGUGGACAUAGUGAUUGUGUGUGGGAAAAAUUCCGAGAAAUGCAAUAUAUGGGAGUGAAGCCAAGCGGGUAUACUUACUCAAUUGUCGCAUCAUUGGUGUUUGAUGCCAUCUUGGGCAAGGAGCUUCAUGGUAAGAUGAUUAGAAGUGGUUUAAUCAGGUCAAACUUGGUUCUAGGGAAUUCUUUAAUUGAUAUGUAUGGCAAGAUUGGCCUAAUUGACUAUGCCGUUGGUGUUUUUUUGAGUAUGGAACAUUUGGAUUUGAUAUCUUGGAAUUCAUUAAUUGUGGGUUGUUGUAAAGCUGGAUUUGGAGAAUUAGCACUUAAUCAGUUUUCUUCAAUGAGAUACUUGGGGUUUCCACCUGAUGAGUUUACAUGUUCUGCAGUAAUCACUUGCUGUACGAAUUUGCGAAACUUAGAAAAGGGUAAGCAGAUUUUUGCUCUCUGUAUCAAGGUUGGCUUUCUUAGCAAUUCCAUUAUCUCAAGUGCCAUUAUUGACCUGUUCUCGAAAUGCAACAGAUUGGAGCAUUCAGUUCAACUCUUCAAAGACCUUGACAGACACAAUUCUGCAGAUUGCAAUUCCAUGAUAUCAGGCUAUACAUCUCAUGACAUAAGUGAGAGUGCUAUCCAACUCCUCAUGGUCAUGCUGAAGGAGGAUAUUAGGCCUACAGAGUUCACCCUUAGCAGUAUUUUGUCUUCCAUUAGUGGUAUGGAAGUGGUGCAAGGAACUCAUAUCCAUUCUUUGGUGGUUAAAAUAGGUUUUGAGAUUGAUUGUGUUGUCUGUAGCUCGCUUGUUCAUAUGUAUGCAACACUUGGGUUGAUCGAUUGUGCUACGAAAAUUUUUGCGAGUAUGACCUCGCCAGAUCUGAUUUCUUGGAAUACCAUGAUUAUGGGUUUGACUCUUAAUGGGAGAUUAGUUAAGGCAAUAGACACUUUCAAUGAACUACAUAGAAGAGGUCCAUUGCCCGAUCAAAUAUCACUAACUGGUGUUUUACGAGCGUGUAGCUAUGGAGGUUUUGUUGAUGAAGGAAUUGUUAUAUUUUCAAAAAUGGAGGAAUAUUAUGGUGUUAGACCCUGCAAUGAGCAUUAUGCUUGCCUUGUAGAUCUGUUGUGUCAAGAUGGUAGGCUCUAUGAUGCAAUGGAAAUUAUUGAAUUGAUGCCUUAUGAACCAAGUUCAAUGAUUUGGGAAUUGUUACUUCAUGCUUGUGCAAGUCAUGGAGAUGUGAGGCUUGCAGAGAAAGUAGGUGUGAGAUUGAUGGAGUUGGAGCCACAUUUAUCUCUACCUUAUGUGAUAUUAGGUCGUGUAUAUGAGAUAAGGGGCCAGUGGGAGGAUGCAGUUCGGGUGAGGGAAGCCAUGAAGAGGAAUGUCUCACAGAAGGUUGUUGGAUGUUGUUGUAUUGUGAUAAAAGAUCAUGUAUAUAACUUUACGGGAGAACAGCUGCAACAGCAUGCAGGCAGAGAUAUUUACUCCAUUCUCAGAUUAAUGGCUUGGGAGAAGGGUGAAACGAUGAUCAUGGAAAUUAAUCAGACAGAUACUGAUGCUAUUGCAAACAUGGUUAUGGUAUUAUGAGAUGUGUUCAUAUGCUCAUUCCACAAAGAACAAUGCUACUGGCGGCUGGCAUACUGCUCGGGAACUCAAAUAUGCAUUCUAUGCUUGGUAUGACAUGUGAUAGACCUCUUUAGCAUUAAUGCUGGUAUUAUAAAAAAAAUUCCUGCAAAUCUGUUGCCAAUAUCUGCCAAUUUUCACUAAUUUCAUCUUGUAUUACCAAGUUUAUUCUCUUUAAUUCAUAUUAAGCAUAUAUAUUUUCUUGUGUGUACUUUCUACCAAUGCUGAAUUUUGCGCAGGGACUGUUGGGGUCAGCCUAGUGCUGAGGUGUUGGUAAGUGUAACUGUUGCCAUCCUCGAUUUUGAGUUCCCAGUUUUGAUUUUUUUGCACACAUUUUCUGGUUUAUUAUCAUCAGAUUCAUCACAGCUAAUGUUGAAUAUUGUCUGAAAUUUCUGUUAUUCCAGCUAUUCAACUUUAUAAUUUGAGGGUUUUAAUGCCAAUGGUUUAUGUUGUGUAAUUUAGUAGGGUAUUUUACAAUCUUUGCUAUUUCAUUUCUAUUUUUUAGAUGUAUUGAAGUUUUCUUGAAAUUCUAGGUUUCGGAGGGUUGACUAGUCAGGCGGUUAUGCUUAAAUAUUUUGAUUCUGAAUGUGAUUUGAUCAAUUGGCCUGAUGUGAAUCCGUCCUAUGUUAUUCGCAAGAUUGUGACUAAGUGUGGUGUCUAAUUUGAUUAUGUGAGGCCCUUUUCUUUUUAAAAGUAAUUUUAUACUUCCUCUGUUUUAUUUUUACUUGCAACACAACCUCAAGGUACGUACUUUUAGAAGGUGAUUAGAGAAGGUAAGCGAGUCCCUUUAUCAUUAUAUUUUAACGUAGGGAAGUGUUAGGUACUAUGUGUAAUAAUUAUUAUAAUUAAUUUGUCCAUUUACAUUGUCUAAUCUCUUCCUCAAACAAUGUGCCUUGAGAGUAUAUUGCAAUUAAAAGAAAACAGCAAAAAUAUAUAAUUAUUAGUUUCUAUUUAUGAGAAUGUAUGUGAGUAGUUAUUAGCUUCCUGAGAUGUUACACAUUAUCAGAAAUUACCGUUUGUUAUGAUAUAUGUUUUAGAGUUCUGAUUUUGUCUUAUACCUUUCAUUAGUUCAAUUUAUAGCUCUUUUGUUUUGUAUAGUGUAUUAUGUAAUGGAGCCAACCGAGCCAUCCCUACCAGCCAAGCCACCUGUGAUUCUAAUGUAUGCAAGAAGAAAAAGACAAGAGGGGAACACGGAGAGAAUGCAGCAGCUGCAGCAAGCAGAGCAGCAACCACAACACACUGAGGUUUCUGAAACCCUUUAGCGGGUGCCAUCAGAAUCCCUUUUGAUAGAUGGAGAAGUCAAAUUAUGUAAAUAUAAAUAGGAGAGUAUGAGAAGUCAUUCAGUUAUUUUGUAAUUUGUGCUUGCACUAUGAGAUUGAUAGCUUUAAGCUUACUUUGAUGAUUGGUAGGCUAAAGCUACCACGUUUGUAUCAAACGCUUCUCAAUUUAUGCCAAAGAAUCAAGCUUUCUCUUCA